ACGGCGCGUAUGCGCAGCCGCAGCCGCGUACCAUUCCCAGUCCCAGUCCCAUGACACGCGCCUUGGCGCAUGCGCGCUGAACUUCGCUCGCUGCCUCAGUUGAACCGAACGUAGGUAAUGCGGCUGCUGGAGGUGCUACAGUGAUUCAGGCCGCGGGAGGAAGCGACGCAAGCGGCAGUUUUCCUCAGCUUUGCAGCUUGAGUCGCUUUUUUUGGUUGAAGCUGCUGGGAUGAUGUAGAAAUUAGGUUUCGGCUGGCUAAUAUCUUGAGGUAGCUGUGUUAGCUUGCUAGCUGAACUGCAGUUUGCCCACAGCGCACGGAGGAAUAGGUUUUGACUGCCUUUCUGCGACCGUGGUAACUGCCAGCCAUGGCCGGUGGCAUCACGGAGACUGGGGAGCCGUAUUCUCCUUAUGUGGGCAUGGUGUACAUGUUCAAUCUGAUCGUAGGUACUGGGGCCCUAACUAUGCCCAAGGCCUUUGCCACGGCCGGCUGGGUAGUGAGCCUGACUCUCAUCUGCUUCCUAGCGUUUAUGAGCUACAUGACCACCACCUUUGUCAUUGAGGCCAUGGCUUCCGCCAACGCUCACCUGCGCUGGAAGAGGCGGGAGCAAGAAGAGAUCACCGACAGUGAUUCCACUUCAGACUAUUCUGACGACGACGUGAUGGUCAGGGGCCGGUCAGAACCACAGGAGACCCGGCCCAUUCUCUCAGUCCAAAGGUCCGCGUCGGUGGACCAGUUUGACAUUUUGGAGAGGGUGGAAAUGGGACAGAUGGCCUCCAUGUUCUUUAAUAAAGUGGGUGUCAACAUGUUCUAUAUCUGCAUCAUCGUGUACCUGUACGGAGACCUGGCCAUCUACGCUGCGGCCGUGCCCAUCUCCCUGAUGGAGGUCGCUUGCGGAAACCUGUCUUGCAGCGCCGGCGUUGUGAAGUACAACGACACGGAGGCGUGCUGGGGUCCCGUGCGAAGGGAGGAUGCGUACCGUGUCUUUCUGGCUGUCUUUACCCUUCUACUGGGCCCCUUUGCAUUCUUCAAUGCUCAGAAGACCAAGUACCUGCAGAUUCUCACCUCUGUCAUGAGGUGGAUCGCGUUCUCCACCAUGAUCGUCCUGGCGCUGAUCCGCAUCGGGAGGGGCAGUGGCGAGGGUCACCCGCCCGUCGCCCAGCUCUCGGGCGUGCCCAACCUCUUCGGCGUCUGUGUAUACUCCUUCAUGUGCCAGCACUCGCUGCCCUCGCUGGUGACGCCCAUCUCGGACAAACGGCGCCUCGGCCCUAUGCUGCUCGCUGACUACUCCCUCAUCCUGGCCUUCUACGGCCUGCUCUCCUUCACGGCCAUCUUCUGCUUCGAUGGUUCGCAGCUGCGUGACAUGUACACGCUGAGCUUCACCGACGACUGUCAGCUGAUGGCGCCGCUGCGCUACUUCCUGGGCCUCUUCCCUGUCUUCACCAUCAGCACCAACUUCCCCAUCAUUGCUGUCACGCUGCGGAACAACUGGAAGACGCUGUUCCACCGCGAGGGGGGUACCUACCCCUGGGUGGUGGACCGCGUGGUAUUUCCGCUCAUCACUCUGGCGCCCCCUGUCAUCGUGGCCUUCUGCACGCAUGACCUGGAAUCUCUGGUGGGCAUCACUGGUGCCUACGCUGGCACGGGUAUCCAGUACAUCAUCCCGGCCUGCCUAGUGUUGCUCAGCCGGCGCCACCUGCAGCCCGUCCUGGGCCGUGAGGCCAUCAACAAGCACGGCUCACCCUUCCGCCACACCUUCUGGGUGGGCUUCGUGCUGCUGUGGGCCGCUUCCUGCCUGUUGUUCGUCACGGCCAACAUCGUCCUGACGGAAACAAAACAUUGAGACUAUGGUACCGCUUUUGUUUCCCUGUUUCUUUUAUUUUAAGUGCAAUUUUAUACCAAGGGCCUUAAAGAACUCGCAGUGCACAGUUGUGCAAAAGACUUUUAAAAUUUUAAAAAAGCUGUAAUUUUAAAUUAUUCAGAAGGACCAAAUUCAUGCAUAGACCUCCAGGGGGCGUCUGACUCCUGGUGAGAAGCCUCCUUACGUUCUGAGAUGAUGUUCUGCUGAAUGUUCCUGCCAGGGAUGUUAGCUGCUCACAUCCAGACCAGCUUGCGUAUGAGCCCAUAUCGAUAGUGUAAAAAGUCGUCUCCUUUUCCCCACCAUGUACAAAUAAAAAUGGAAUUGAAAGA